AACACUUUCACGCACAAAGGAAGCCUUACCAAGCACAUGAGAGUUCACACUGGAGAAAAGCCUUACACCUGCAAACAGUGUGGAAAGGGGUUCAGUUUUCACGGAAACCUGAAAGUCCACAUGAGAGUUCACACCGGAGAGAAGCCCUUCAUCUGCCAGUGGUGUGGAAAGAGUUUCAGUCAGCACGUGAACCUGGAAUCUCACAUGAGAAUCCACACCGGAGAGAAGCCUUUCGGCUGCAAACAGUGCGGAAAGAGUUUCAGUCAAAAUGGAAACCUCAUUCACCAUCUGAGAAUCCACACCGGAGAGAGACCUUUCACCUGCAAACAGUGCGGAAAAGGUUUCAGUCAACUCGGAACCCUCAAUUACCAUAAGAGAGUCCACUCUAGAAAGAAACCCCUCGCCUUUCUCAAUGCCCACAGGCGAGUACACGCUACGGAGAAACUUUUUACCUGCCAACUGUGUGGAAACAAUUUUACUCAUAAAGGAAGUCUCAACAGGCACAUGAAAAUCCACAUUAAGGAGAAGCCUUGCGCUGCUCUCGUGUGGAAAGAGUUUCGGUCAAAAAUCGAUACCUUGACGCUCACAUGA